GUUAAAGCAAUUUUUAACAAAUUUCCAAUCUGCCUCAUGGUUAUGUAAAGAACGCAGCACAAACGCAUUGACAAAUCUAAUCAUUGACAAUCUACAGCACUUGUUUGUGCCUUGACCAACGCAGCCCGCAGUCGAUGCUAACGCGGCUAACAGCUAACCAACUCCUCGGCUCAGUGUCACGUCUGCACCGCUAAAAGGCCUUGUACUAUGGACAGCAGCAGCCGUCAGAAAGUGAAGUUCAAGUGGCUACGAACCAUUGUGUCCCCGGCCGGUUCUCUCCAGGGCAAAGAUGUCCCGUCCACGCCCUCAUCUUCCAGUGACUCAUCCUUCACCUCCCCCAUCAGAGAAUCCCCGGGAUCGGCUGCUUUCGGAGACCUGACCCUCUCUACUCCCAAGAGAAAGCCAGAGCGUGACAACAUGUCAUCCUCCACCAAAGUCAAACUCAGGAAGCUCUCCAAGAAGCGCUUUCAGGCCUUUGCAUCUCCUGAGGAGCCAGCCAUCCACAAAACUCCCCAAAAAUCAGAUACAAAUUCCCAACUGCAAACCCCGUCUUCUUCUUACACUUUUGUUUUGAAAAGAAAAGAGCGGACAUCGGAGGAGGGCUCCAAAGUCAUCUACAAACAUGCCCUGAUGGCUGCUAUUGGCAACACAGGGGCGAAGAAGAGCACCAAGAAAGAGCUAGAGUCAUGCCGACCAGAGGAGACCAGCCCAGUGUCUGUGCAGCUGGAAACUAUGGAUGUAAAUGAAAACGCAUUAGGAGUACCAAAGUGGUCCCCCCCAGCGCUGGUCCUAGACUCGGAGGAUGAAGACGGAAGUGCCGUAGCAAACACUGAAAACAGGAGCUUUGCGGUAAAAGAGGAUGGUUCACCAAGCACAUUUGAAGCACCCAUUGAAGGUCAUGAUUCAUUCCCAUCUCAGGAACCAGUGCAAUUCACAGAUUGUUGUUUUUCACUCAAUACUGAGAAAGAAGAUUCUAAUCAAGCAAGGGAAAGUUUUCUGUCCACGAAUCAAAGUCCAACUGCAUCGAAAAACUGGGAGACACCAGAAAGAACAGUCAUCUUUUCCUACAAACAGCAAGUCAAACCUUUGUCAAACUUGUCAAAUGCCACAAGAACUGCGACAGACAAAACACAAACUCAAGUUGUAACAUUUGCAGAUCCAUUUGCGCUUCCCGUGCACUCAACCAAACAAGUUCUCAAAUCCCGAAGACAAUCAGAUGUCGGCAUAUCUGCUCACUACCCUCCUUACUCCUUUACCCAGUCCAGCACCCCUAAAAGAAGGUGGUCUAUGGGGCCCGAGCCAGAGCAGACUACAUAUCCCACAGUGCAUAGUGGCACCGGUUUCCUGGAUACCCACUGCCACUUGGACAUGCUCUAUGGGAAACUUCAUUUUUCAGGAAGUUUCGGCAGUUUUCGAAGGAAGUACCGGGAUAGUUUUGGGGCGGAGUUUGAGGGGUGUAUCGCAGAUUUCUGUAACCCCAGAGUUAUGGUGAGGGAGGACAUUUGGGAGGGACUUCUUGAGGAGGAUAUGGUUUGGGGUGCGUUUGGGUGUCAUCCGCAUUUUGCCAAAUAUUAUUCGAAUACCCAGGAGAGGAACAUCCUGGCAGCCAUGAGACAUCCCAAAGCUGUGGCCUUCGGUGAGAUUGGAUUGGACUAUUCCCACAAGAACUCCACCGACUCUUCACAGCAGAAGAAGGUGCUGGAACGUCAGCUGAAUCUGGCUGUGGCGAUGAAUAAGCCUCUGGUGAUUCACUGUCGAGAUGCUGACGACGACCUGCUGCAGAUCCUCAAGAAGUGUGUCCCCCGAGACUACAAGAUCCACCGACACUGUCUCACCAGUGAUUACCCUGUGAUUGAGCCGUUCCUGGAGGAGUUUCCAAACCUGUACGUUGGCUUCACGUCACUCAUCACAUACUCCAGCGCCACCGAUGCCCGAAACUCAGUCCGAAAGAUCCCACUUGAACGCAUCAUCCUGGAGACCGAUGCGCCGUACUUCCUUCCCAGACAGGUGAGUAAAAAUGUGUGCCGCUUCUCUCACCCUGGGAUGGGCAUUCACACUCUGCAGGAGAUCAGCCUUCUGAAGGGAGAGGCCAUGUCCACGGUUCUCAGCACCAUUCGGCAAAACACGCGGCAACUCUACGGAAUCUAACCCGGAAUCUAUAUUCCAACCCCCCCCCCCAUGAUAUUUUAUGUACGAUUUUGUUUUAAUGCACUUGUUUCCUCUAUUCUGUUGAUGUGCAUCCAUUAUAAUUUUAACAAGUUGAUAUUGAAAAACUGUCUUAAUUGGUAUUUUGUAUAUAAUUGUCCUGAUGUUAAAAAAGUGAUGUCUAGUUUUAUGCUCAUGCCUGUGGUGUUCUGGUUUGUCUUGCAUGGCUGCUGUGAAAGAUUGAUCAAUUUAAUACAGUUAAGAAAGUG